GUGUGGAAAUCGGCUGCGGUCCGUCGUUGAGCUCAUGGGAGGAAGAAGACUACAGCCAGCUCCGUGGGGAGCUGCCAUUCUUGCGCCAUUUUCUUCCUCUGCCCUUGUCGGGCCUUACGGACUGACAACGAGAGCGAGAACGACGAAAGACGUCACGUUAAAUGCGAAUGAACCCUUGGAUUAUACCCUUGGAGAAUCCCACGUUAAUACGACAGCAGGUUCUGCAGAGGCCGCCACGGUCCGUAUAUCCGUUAGGAAGGAUCUACACUCGGACUGCGCGCAAGGCCCUCUGCUGCCGACCGCUGCCCCAUGCCCACUACAUGCUGCCCCAUGCCCACUACCCGCUGCCCCAUGCCCACCACCCGCUCCGGCAGCGGAGCAGGUGAAGCUGUGCAAGUGCGGCGGAAAGGACAGAACUAUCGGCUGGUGCACCUUCCCGCACUGUGACCGGCCUUUCCGGUCGUGGGAAGAUCACUUCGAGCAUCAGAAGGCGUGUCAUAUCGACAGGGCUCAGGCGAACGCCACGUGCCCGCUGUGUCUGGAGGUGGUGGACCAACGUGUCGGCGUGCCGUACCACUGUCUGGUGUAUCAUCAAAGGGACGAGGCCUGUCCCCAUUGCUGUGCCCGCCCCAUCAAGGACUUAUCCAGCCACUUGACCGAGUUCCACCACGCCAAGUCGGACGGCCUUGUCGCUCCCGAGCUUGGGUGGUGCCCGCGAAGCGGUUGUGAUUCUUCCUUCAGCUCGUGGAGCGACUUCGUUCGGCACACCGCUCACUCUCACGACGUGGCCGUCUCGGACCGAGCCUUGGUGUGCCAACUCUGUUUGCGCGUUCAAAGGUCACCCAAAGCCCUCAAGAGGCACUCGGAUAAGCACUUCGACACUCAGAAAGAGCACUUCUUGUGCGAUAUAUGCCCGGCUAGAUAUUUCAAGCAGAAACGCCUGUCGCAGCACAUGAAUGUGUUUCACAGGAAAUAGUGGAAUAUGUGUUAUGUAUAUAGUGUAAUGAUCAGUGUAAUAUGAUAAUAUGAUAAUGGUUUUUUUUGUACAGUUAUUUGUUUGUUUAGGAUAGCUAGAUCUUAUUUCGAACCGAUCUGGUUUAUUGUGAGGACAGUAUUUUUCAAGUUUUGGACCUCAAGAUUACUUCUUCGUUUAAGUCCUUCUGUGAGAAGAGGUAGAGCAGGAGAUGCAGAUCAUUCGCGUCGCAACUGAUUGACUGAUUGUUUAUGGUGUGUUCAUAGACAGGCUGUUUCCUUCUUAAGUUAAUGUGAUGAUCAAACGUUAUUUUUAGUUUCAAUGAAGGCCUGUCAAAAUCUGUCCUUUCGUCCUCCA